UGGGCGACAACUGUUAGCGUCGAAGCCGAGUUUACUAUAUAUGGGCAAACCCAAGCAUACCGAGAGUGGUGUUCGCUUCCGUGUUUGGACGAUUAGGCAGAGUCUAGACCAGCCGCUGGAUCAGGCAGGUUUUGGUGUUUCAUUCAUUCGGAGGAAAUAACACAAAAGCAGCAAACAUGUCCUAUGAAUUGAAACAUGUGUUUGCCAGUCUCCCACAGAUGGAAAGAGGAGUCGCCAAAGUACUUGGUGGGGACCCCAAAGGCAACAACUUCCUCUACACCAACGGAAAGAGUGUCAUCAUCAGAAACAUUGAUAACCCUGCCAUUGCUGACAUCUACACAGAGCAUCCUCACCAAGUAACUGUGGCCAAGUACGCUCCCAGUGGAUUCUACAUCGCUUCUGGAGAUGUGUCCGGUAAGGUCCGUAUCUGGGACACUACCCAGAAAGAGCACCUGCUGAAGUAUGAGUACCAGCCUUUCGGGGGGAAAAUCAAGGACAUCGCCUGGACUGAGGACAGCAAACGGAUUGCGUGUGUGGGAGAGGGACGUGAGAAGUUUGGCGCUGUGUUCCUGUGGGACACUGGCUCCUCAGUGGGGGAGGUAUCGGGCCACUCCAAAAUCAUCAACAGCGUGGACAUAAAGCAGACUCGUCCCUACCGCCUUGUCACUGGCAGUGAUGACAACUGCGCUGCCUUCUUCGAGGGACCUCCUUUCAAGUUCAAAUUCUCAAUCACAGACCAUAGCCGAUUUGUCAACUGUGUGCGGUUUUCUCCGGACGGGAGCCGCUUCUGUACGGCUGGCGCUGACGGCCAGAUUUUCAUGUAUGACGGAAAGACUGGCGAGAAGAUUGCUGCUCUGGGUGGAGCCAAGGCCCACGACGGUGGAGUGUACGCUGUAAGCUGGAGCCCUGACAGCACCCAGCUCAUCUCAGCCUCCGGAGACAAGACGGUGAAGCUGUGGGACGUGGGCGCCGGCACGGCUGUCACCACCUUCAACAUGGGCUCUGAUGUCAUGGACCAGCAGCUGGGCUGCCUGUGGCAGAAGGACCACCUGCUCAGCGUCUCCCUGUCGGGCUACAUCAACUACCUGGACAAGAGCAACCCGGACCGGCCGCUCCGCGUCAUCAAGGGUCACAGCAAGUCCAUUCAGUCCCUGACUGUUCACAAGAACGACGGCCGGUCUUACAUCUACUCCGGCAGCCAUGAUGGUCACAUCAAUUACUGGGAUGCAGAGACCGGGAAGAACGACUGCUUCUCCGGGAAGGGCCACAGCAACCUGGUCACCAAGAUGGCGGUGGACGACGCGGACCAGCUGGUGACCUGCAGCAUGGACGAUACCGUCCGCUUUACCAGUGUGACCAAGAAAGAAUACAGUGCUUCUGACCUGGUGAAGAUGGAUGUGCAGCCUAAACACGUUUCCGUAGCAACAGGGGGACUUGUAUUGGCUGUGUGCAUCGGCCAGGUGGUGCUGCUGAAGAACAAGAAAAAGGUGUUCACCCUGGACGGUCUGGACUACGAGCCGGAAGCAGGGGCGCUUCACCCCGGGGGCGGCACUGCUGCAGUGGGCGGGGCGGAUGGGAAGGUCCGCUUAUACUCUGUCCAAGGCAACACUCUAAAGGACGAGGGCAAGACCGUUGAGGCGAAGGGGCCAGUCACUGACAUGGCCUACUCCAAAGACGGAGCCUACCUGGCUGUCACCGACGAGAAGAAAGUUGUCACAGUCUUUGCCGUGAUGGACAAUUACUCGGUGAAAAACGACUUCUACGGGCACCAUGCCAAGGUGGUCACGUUGGCCUGGUCCCCCGACAACGAGCACUUUGCCAGCGGUGGCAUGGACAUGAUGGUCUACGUCUGGACGGUGAACGACCCAGACAAGAGACUGAAGAUCCCAGAUGCCCACAGGUUGCACCAUGUCAGUGGGCUGGCCUGGAUCGACGCGAACACUCUAGUGACCACCUCCCAUGACGCAAGCGUCAAACAGUGGACUCUAAAAUACUGAUCUGCACAAGCGCACAAAACUGCAUUAUUAGGGACAAGGACUACUGUAGAUCUCUCUUUUUCUCUCUAACUCUUACGAUGUUCUCCGUUCUAUCUAAUUUGAUCUUGUCAGCAACCCCUAAAAAUGUAAAUGAUCUGUCAUGGCCCGGAAAGGCUUGUAUCUAAAAAAACAGUAUCCCGACGCUGUCCUUUUCUGAUGCUUUCGGAUGGUUUCGCUAACGCACGAACAACGGAAAAUAACCCAAAUUGCAGCACUUAAUAUCUCUUGUGCUUUCCUGAUCAUGAAAAGAAAAAAAAAUUCACCUCCACAUUCCAGAGGCGACAGCCUUGUCUCAGUUAAAACUGAAAUGGCUGUCUGUGCGGUUUGAGGGUUGAUUCAUUUCAACUUGGUUAACUCAUGAAUAGAAAUUCAAUGUAUUAAUUAAAAGAGAAAAUCUGAAAAGUAACAGAAGUAUAUUUAUGUUCCUGAAACAAAUUGAGUUGAGAAUGAAUGGCCCUCUGACUGCUAGCCUAUUCGUUCAUGUUUUCAGCCAAGGUUUGAUGUUACAAUUUGUUUGGGCGGGGGGUAUUUGGCUGUUUUGCCUCAUCUUUAUUUGACUCAAUGUUAAUGUAAUUCAGAAUUACUACUUGGAACAAUUGUGGUUGGGGGAGCAAUAACAGGAACUGAAAUGAAUAAUGUAUACAAUCAAGAUGGUGUGUCAUCUAUGAUGCCCCUGUACUGUUGCCAUGUUUUGUGUUUUGGCUCACAAUGCUCCCAUGUCUCACUUUUUAUUUUGUUUUCAAUGCUUCCACUGUUUCCUGAAGGGUGGAUAUGGUUCAUAAUUAUAUUAAUGACAGUAAAAUAAAAUACUUUUUAUGCAUUU